AAGUUUAUUUAAUUUUAUAACCAAAGGGGUCUCUUGUGUUCCUUCUAUUCUAAUCAUCCCCUUGAAUUUUCCAAGUUUUCUCCUUUUGUCUUCUCUAACUAUUUUCCCUUAAAAUAAAAAUCCAAUUUUUCUUUGUUUCAGUCCUCUCUUCUGCUCAUUGAUCUUUUAAUUAACUUUGAUUCUCUCCGUUUAUGGAUUAACCAUUUGAUCGAGAUAACUCUCCAAGAAAUCGACUGAGUUCGUAACUUGUUGUUGUCUGAUCUUUUAAAGAUUCAACCUUUUUUGGUCCGAUCAUGGCUGUUGCUGAGAAUGCUGGUGUCAAAGUGGACUCUUCUGGUCAGAAUUUAGACAACAACAACACUGCUGCUUCAGCUACCGAGACGACAAAGCCGCCAUGUCCUGAUGAUGAUCAAAGCCCUAAAUCUGACUCAUCCACUCCUCUUACCAUCGAUUCGACUCCUGAAACUGACGAUCGGAUCAAUGAGACUGCUCAAAAGGUUCAGACUUUAAAUGGGUUUAGUGGAAAUGGUGAGAGAGAUAACAAUGGAGAGAUCAAAGAUUUGGCUGAUGCGUUUUCUAAGCUUAAUCCGAUGGCUCAGGAGUUUGUUCCUCCUUCUCUUGCUCGAAGUCAAUCUGGGGUUUUGAGAAAUGGAUUAGGGUUUACUAACAAUUUUGCAGCCCCACCUAAACUUGCUGAUGGGAAUGAUCAUUUUCCUAGAAGGAGAAGGAGUUUUGGCCAAGGGAAGCGAAGAAUGAACAAAAGGACAAGCUUGGCUCAGAAGGAUGAUGUAAUCAGGAGAACUGUAUAUGUCUCUGACAUCGACCAACAGGUUACAGAGGAGAACCUCGCAGGUGUCUUUAUUAACUGUGGACAGGUUGUUGAUUGUCGUGUAUGCGGUGAUCCAAAUUCUGUCCUUCGUUUCGCUUUCAUUGAAUUUACCAAUGAAGAGGGAGCUAGAGCUGCUUUGAGCAUGUCGGGUACUGUGCUAGGUUUUUACCCUCUUAAGGUUCUUCCUUCCAAAACAGCUAUUGCUCCUGUUAACCCGACUUUUCUUCCACGAUCUGAGGAUGAGCGUGAGAUGUGCGUUAGGACUGUUUACUGUACCAACAUUGACAAGCGGAUCACUCAAAUUGACUUGAAAGGCUUCUUUGAAAUGCUUUGCGGGGAGGUUCAUCGUCUGAGGCUUGGAGACUAUCACCACCAAACCCGUAUUGCUUUUGUUGAGUUUGCGAUGGCGGAAAGCGCAAUUGCUGCGCUUCACUGCAGCGGUAUUGUCUUGGGGGCACUCCCAAUAAGGGUAAGUCCAUCGAAGACACCAGUAAGGCCGCAUUUUCCCCGCGCUGAGUUCAAGUGAAACUCUAGCCGGAGAUCUUAAAAUUAUAUAGCAAACGAGAGAGAGAGAGAGAAAGCAGAAGAAGAAGUCUAAAGAAGAAGGUACUUGAGGCGUUUUGUGUUUAUAUAUAAAACUCUUUCUAGAUUUAUUUUAAGUUAAUGCUUCGCGGUCGCAGAGCCUGCCCGGUAUCUUUGAACAACUCAACAACUUUGGUCUAAACCUUUCUCCUUUCUUUAGUCUCCAAACACACAAAAAUUUGAUUAUUUUUGUUGUUGUUGAAAUACCCUUUGGAUAUUUUUAUGACUUAUUUAAGACAUUUGGAGAAAUUUUAUAUCUCUAGGAAAAAAAAAGGAUUUCACUGUUCUUAUUUCUUAAUUUCAGUUAGCUCUUUUCUGAAUUCGGGUCUUGUUUGAUUUUACUUUGUUCUUUGAAUUUUUCUGCUUAGCAAUCGUUAGAUCUUUCCCAUCAUAUGUUUAUCUUGCUUUAUCAUUUUUUCCGGUCAAAUAAAUAAUAUCUCUAAAUAAUAUCUCUGUUUCAUUUUUUUUAGUAAUAUCUCCAAAAUACUACGAAAUUUUACUUUUUACAUAAAGUAUAUUAAAAAUUACAGAUUUUGCUCAAUAACACUCAAACGAAAGAGCUGUUACAUUUGCAACUUGUAAUAUUUUUUAAACUAGAGUAUAUAUAUUAGUGUUUUUCAGAAGAAAAAUUUAGUAGUCUUUCUUAUUGUGGAGCUCAAUCACUAUCCCAAACAAUCAAGCUAUAAGAGUGAAUACACGAAAGUGUAUACGAAAGAACAAAGAAGAGAAGGAACAACUUUCUGCAGUCUCGAGAGAUGCAUUCCACAUUGACACAUUCUUUCAUGUUACAAUUAUAUAUUUAUUUCUGACACAAAGCUAUCUUAUUUGUAAACACAAAG